AUGGGUUGCGUAAACUCUACCGACCAGACUAAUGCCAAGGCGCGAUCAAAACAGAUUGACGAACAGUUGAAAGCAGACCAUGAACGCCAGUCACGAGAGGUAAAACUGUUGCUGCUUGGUGCGGGAGAAUCUGGCAAGAGCACGAUUGUCAAGCAGAUGAAGAUCAUUCACGAGACGGGCUACACGGAAGAAGAACGGAAACAAUACAGGCCCGUCGUAUUCAGUAACAGCAUGCAGUCAAUGUCCGCGAUCCUUCGAGCGAUGAAUACGUUGGGCAUCCAAUUUGCCAGCCAGAACGGCCACAACGACAUGCGGCAAUUUUUCUCCUUGUCUCAGAAUUGCGACGAAGGAGAGUUGCCACUAGAGCUUGCGGCCGUAAUGAAGCGCCUCUGGGAAGAUGGUGGCGUGCGGCAUUGCUUCACCAGAUCUCGCGAAUACCAGCUCAACGACUCCGCGCCCUACUAUCUCAACAAUUUGGACCGAAUUUCGAGGCAUGACUACAUUCCUUCACAAGAUGACGUGUUGCGGACAAGAGUUAAAACAACUGGAAUCGUGGAGACGCAUUUCACGUACAAGGAUUUACAUUUCAAGAUGUUCGAUGUCGGUGGCCAACGAUCCGAGCGCAAGAAGUGGAUCCAUUGCUUCGAAGCAGUCACAGCAAUCAUUUUCUGCGUGGCGAUGAGCGAGUACGAUAUGUUCCUUGCCGAAGACGACGAAAUGAACCGAAUGGUUGAAUCUAUGCGGCUAUUCGACUCGAUCUGCAAUAACAAGUGGUUCAUCGAGACGUCGAUCAUCCUUUUCCUCAACAAGAAGGACUUGUUCGAAGAGAAGAUCAAGAAGAGCCCGCUGACGGCCUGUUUCCCCGAGUACCCUGGCCCGAACGCGUACGAGCAGGCGUCCUCGUUUAUGCAACAACAAUUCGAGAACCUCAACCAUCGGAAGGACGGGCAAAAGGAGAUUUACACACAUUUCACCUGUGCAACGGAUACGAAUAAUAUCAGGUUCGUCUUCGACGCCGUCACGGACAUCAUCAUUCGAGACAACUUGAAGCAGUGCGGCCUCUUU